AUGAAUCUUAGCUAUGUGGAACCGGUGAUCAUUGAUGGGGAGCGUGUCGCACAAUUACAAAAAAAGAAAAUCGAACAAGAGACUCUGAAGUGGGAGAAGGCAGCCAUUCUCUACGUGGUAGGCGAUUCUCCAACUAUAUGUGUUUUGGAGAGGUUUAUUGCUGCAACUUGGAAUUUCACUUCUAAGCCAAAAAUUUACUAUCAUAAUGAAGGCUAUUUUGUGGUGCUAUUUAAUAAUUUAGAGGAUCGUGAUGCUAUUAUAUUUUCUGGCACAUAUACCAUAAAUAACAGACCUAUCAUCGUACGAGCAUGGAGUCCAGAGUUUAACUUCAGUGAAGAAGUGUUAAGGACUAUUUCUCUUUGGAUUAGAUUGCCAAAUUUACCUUUGAAUUAUUGGGAUACUGUUACAUUGAGUCAUAUAGGAAGCGUGUUAGGAUGCCCUAUCUAUGUAGACGAGUGUACUUCUGGUAUCGACAAAAUAUCAUAUGCCAGGAUAUUGGUGGAAAUGGAUGUCACUCGCGAACUUCCAGUUAGCAUAAAAGUACAGGACCUAGAGGGAAAGUUCUUUGAACAAGCAGUGGAAUAUGAUUGGAAACUAAUAUAUUGUCCAGAGUGUUUACAGAUAGGACAUACAUGUCGGAUUGGGCCUGAGGCAAAACACAAGACUAAUGGUAACAAAGGGAAGCAAACUAAGCCGAAAAUGAUUAAAGCAAUCUGGCAGAAAACUCAAAAGCAGGAUAGUGUGUCAAUGGAACAAAUUCAACCCAAGGAGAAGGUGAAGGAAAAGGAUGGGAAACAAAGUGUUGUUGUUGAUUCCACUGCAGCCAUCACUAAUACUAAUAAUAAUAUAGAGAAGAUAGGUAAAGAGGAUGAUUGGCAGAAGGUGAGAGGGAAUGCAAUAGCAAGGACUUCAAUACCUUGCAAGAUGGAUAUUGUUGGGGUGACAAAUGUUUUUAGUCCUUUGAUGGGAGAAGCUAAUAAGGAAAUGCAUAAUUCUAUUGGGGCUAUAGAUAUAGCACAAAGUAGUAGAGGAGGAACUAGGAAUUCUCAACUUAAAAUUUUAUCAAGAUGA